AUGCAGAAAAUAAUUUUUGUAUUGGUGCUUAUAGUGCAUUUUUGUCGUGGCAUUAUAUACCGAUUAAAUGACGAAAUGUACAACAAAAUGCCGCCAGUAUUUCAAUUUGAAGACUAUGAGCCUUGUAUGAGUGAACCGGACGGCGUUUACUGCAUGACGAAAUUCGCCCUUGUUUCAGACACUAACAGUGAGCUUUUAAACAUGAUUCACAACUUCUCCAAACACCAAGUUAGACACUACAACCAUUCAAAACUUCACUACGGAGUGUGCCUUACAACAACAUGUGCGGAAUAUUACUAUAACGGUGAUGAAAACCGGGACUUACGGGUCUAUGACAUUCUACCGUACCACACUUUUAUAAACGGCACACUCGUCGUUCAGGUUUUCUUCCUAAUGACUGGCUUUCUGCUGGCCUUCACCGUACAGAUGAAAUCGGAAAAAAUGAAUUUUACUUGGGUCAUGAUACCAAUUGAAAUUUGCAGGAGGUGGUUGAGGUUAACUCCUGUAUACGCGGUUGUGUUGGCCAUCACAUCUACUUGGUUGCGUUUCUUCGGAUCCGGUCCUAUGUGGAAUGAAGAAGUAGUAAAAGAAGCCGAAGACUGUCGUUGUAUCGCUUGGCGGAACUUGCUUUAUAUUAACAACUAUUUCGACGACAAACAAUGCUUAGUGCAGGCUUGGUACUUAGCGGCUGACAUGCAACUAUACUGCCUUGGUGUUUUCAUAUGCUUAAUGGUGACAAAUAGUACCGUUAGAAAAGUAGUGCUGUCGCUACUGUUCGCAGCUGGUGUAAUAAUUCCUGCUGUUGUGACCUAUGUAAAGGAUUUGGACGCUGUUCUUAUAGUUUCACCUGAAACAUGUAUACACUACUUUAUCAAGGACCCAACUUUCAACUACGUCUAUAAGCGUGGGCACACUAACUUGGCAGGUUUCAUUAUCGGCUUAAGCAUGGGAUAUAUUACUUAUCAUUUAUUGCGCAUCAACUUUAAUGUCGAGAAGUAUAAGAAACAUUUGUGGAUAUACCAACUAUUAUUCCCCACCACGUUAAUAAUAGCAUGGUUGGGAAGUGUUUUCUUCCGCGACGCUCCUCGUGACUCCAUCUAUAUCCGGGCUCUGUACGCUGGUAUCAUGAAGCCUGUUAGCACUUUGCUGUUGGCGUUAUUUAUACUGGGAGCUAUAUUCAAAUGUGAUAAAAUAACUCGAAAUAUAUUAGAGUGGCGGAGGUGGGUCACACCAGCGCGGUUGUCCUACAGCGCGUAUGUUCUACACUUAUCAGUUAUUCGUACAUACAUCGGCACUUCCGAAACACAAACAAAUGCGCUGUUCCUUAACAUGGCUUUUACAAGCAUAUCAAUGGUGAUUUUGGCCUUCCUUCUUGCAACACCGUUGUGGUUACUGGUGGAAGCCCCGGCGAAUGAAUUAGUACGAAUGACUUUUUCAUUGCUAAUUGGCGCCCAGGAGACAAAGAAGACUGAUGGAGUUAGAUUAAAGAUAACAUAA